ACAACGACUGUCAAAACAACUUAUCCGAUUGUACUUACGGCACCAACUCAAGCAGCAACCAAACGGAAUACCGAAAAUCCCAAAGAUAUAAUAUUGAUGAUCCAGGAGCCAGCACGAGUACAGGCAACAACAUACGAGGCACAGGAACAGCAUCAAAACUUAGUAGCAACUGGCGAGAGAAUCUACUCAUCCAAUUGCAACUGCUCGCAGAAGAGAACCGAUCGUAUAGUGCCUACGAGGGAUUCGCCUAUAUUGACGACAACAAACUCAACAACGAUACCAAUCGUUAUAAACACACAGCCCAAUCCAAGAAUCAUACUGAUCAAGGUGCCCACGCACAGCAGCAGCAGCAACAGGACAGAGCAGAGCGCGCCUCGAACUCGUCUUAUCAGAAUACCCUUUUUACCAGGGUCGGUACCAACAACGGAUUCUCUGAAAGCUGCAUUGCCUACGGCGAGCUCUUCAGUAAACUUUACAUCUUCGGCGACAGCAUCCCGUAUCGUGAAGCCAAUAUCCCGUAUCCCGUUGACUGGGACAAUAUACCCACAAGAACCGAGCUCGAGUUGCUCAGUUUCGCAAGUAAACCAGGUCGCGAACGACCAAGUGGUAAAUCCACCGACUGUGGAAACGGUGACGCAAACGGUCCCGGUUUCGAGCACGCCCCAGACUCUGGCGUCAAUGGCUGGUAUACAGCUGACAGGUGCAGACAUGCAGUCCCGCCAGGAUAUGAGUGGAGCAAUGCCUACUGCUACAGUUGAAGAGAUAGACGUACCGGUGUUCAUAGAUGAAUUCCUGCAAAAUAUAGAAGCUACGUCGACGACGAGCAGCAACGGUAAAAGCGAGGAGUUUGAGAAAGAGAUUUAUAGUGAGACGGAUAUAUUUGACUUUGACUUUGACAUAAACCUGAUUGCYGAGGAUCACAUUGAGAGCAAGGAAAUGGAUCAGUGCAAUCUGGAAUUGGAUAGCAAUUACAGCGACAACUUUAACAGCGACUUAACAUUAAUGGAUGAAUUUCAAGUUCAACAAUUAGAUAAUGCAGAGGAGGCAGAAGACAUGGCCUCCAUUUGCAAUGGCAUCGAUUUCGGAAGUGAUCCACAUUCAGAUUUGGAUCUAGACAACAUACUGAACAGCGAUCCUAUGCUGUCAACUUUCUCACAAGGUUCCACCCUGUGGUCAUCUAGCCAAACUAAGUACUUCAACGAGCUACCCAUACCAGCUGACGAGAACAGCAUGGAAAACUACAGCUUCAGCCAGCAGUCGUUGGGCUUCGGUCUUGGCCCGCUUGGUGGCUUUAGCGAAGAUGUUUGCACUGCUACGGCUGUGCAGGAAGCCCCAUGCACUCAGCGUUUGGGCGUGAAGCGCACAGCCUCUGCAGUGUCUCUCGUCCCUACAGUUGAGACACUGCCACAGAAGCGUAGUAAGCUCGUUCUUCACAUCAACAAAUCACAGAUCACCCAUCCAGAUGUCAUGAACACCCCUGACAUUAUUGAUCAGGUGAUCAAGCUUUGUGAAGUCAAUUCACCAAGUAACGUGUCCAACCACCAUCAAAUUUAUGAGGAGCUCCGCAGCGUAGAGGAUAGUACAACAUCCUCCCAACUACCAGAGAUUUCAGCGCCGGGCACGCCCAAUAGCACAUACUCAAUUAGUACCUCUACCUCGUAUGCAACAACUUGCCUGACGGGAUUCGCUGGCUUGAUCACAGCACCCGUAUCGCCCGCUGCAUCCACCGCCAGUACAUCAGCGUUCAGUGCCACAACAUCGACCAAUGGUAACACCAAGCGCAAGCGAGGACGUCCUGCCAAAGAGCACGCUGAUGGACCCGAUCCGGAGCUGAUGGCCCAAAUGACGGAGGAAGAGGCGAAGGUAUACCGAGAUCGUCUUAAGAACAACGAGGCUAGCCGCGUGUCGCGUCAGAAGACCAGACUGCGUGAGGAGGAGGAAAAACGUGAAGAAGAAGACCUGCAAGCGACCAACAACAAACUCAAAUGCAAGGUGCAGCGACUUCACCUCCGAGCAAAACGCUUUGAGAACUUCCUUAGGGAAAACUUCAUUAAAAAUAGCACCUAUGUCAAGCCCGAACCGGCGUCUUAAGAUUCUCAUAGCCAUGCCAUAGUCAAACUUUCGUACCUCUCGAUUGUCGCAUAUUGCGAUGCAAAGCUGUAGUUGUAACAAGAUAAUUUCAAUUAUUCCAUUAAGUUAAGGUUGUCGCUGAAGAAGUCGCUUUACAAUAUGGAAUCCACUUGAGGAACCA